ACUGUCUAACUACAAAGUAAACUGAACAUUGAUGUGGCGAGUUAAUUACUCUUCAAAAUACAGUAAAAAAUUGUUACGCAAAUGAGUUUUUGGGAUAAAAGUGAAAUUUCAGUGGUAAAAUAUGUUCAUUUGAAUACCUGAGAUCAUGAUAAGAACACUAGAUACCGAAUGAAUUUAUAUUAACCGAGAAAUAUGCAUACAACACAAAAACGGUACUGUACUCAGAAUCAGCCGACAACAGUCACAAUUGAUUCUUCUGUUAAUGAAAUGGAAAAUGAAGACUGGAAUAGAUUUCUGGAAAAUGACUUUACUAAAUUUAUGGGGAUUACUUCACGGCAAAAUUAUCCAUUUAACGAUCAAUCUAUUAUAUAUAAUCCAAAUGAUACCAGUACUACUUCUAAUAUCAUUAAUAAUAACAACAUUCCUAUCACAUAUAAAAUGAAUGAUAAUAAUAAAAGUGGCAGUGUAAAUAAAAAUAUUUUGGGGCACGUCAAGGAGUUGCGAGAAAAUUGUUCUAAUGACAAUAAUCUAGAAAUUACUCCCAAUUGUGAUUGCUCAGAUAAUGGUCUAUCAUGGACAAAGGAUGUUUUCAAUUCAAAGCAUUAUACCACUAGCUCUCUUGCUUUGACAAGUGGAUUUAUCAAUGACACAAAAAUACAAAAUAAUCAUCCAGUCAGUAAUGAAUUUAUUUCUGGUGAAGAUUAUCAACAAUCUAACUAUCUCUAUGAUCAACAUUUUAAUUCUACACCUGUACAAUUAUGUUCACAAACUGAUUAUUCUGUAAUGAGAACUGUGAAUUAUCCUUAUAUUAUUAACAACGAACAUCCACAUUAUCUUAGUGAGUACAUUCAAUCAAGUGACACAGAGUAUUCAAAUUAUCAUAAUAAUCUUCAUAUGGAUUUAAGAUCAAAUGUCUCUGAUUUUACCGAUACUAGUAUUGCUAGUGAUCCAGAUUAUCAGAACCAAAGCGAAUCGAAAGCAAAGUCAUCAUUCAUGUUUUUAAAUGAUCACUUAUGUGCACCACAAGCACCAACCAUAGAAAAUUUAAAGUCAUGUAAUCCUUUAAGCCAGGAAGAUUCCUUUGAGAAUGGAUGGCUUGAUGGUCAAAACAGAACACAUUAUUGUGCUAACUGGUCAGUCGAUUGGACAAAUAAUACUGAGUCAAAUAGUCGACCAAACUAUCACUCAUGUAAUUCAAAGCAUAUUCCUAUAAACUUUGACAGUUUCCGAUGUCUAGGCGCCACUUCUUAUUUCGAUGCUAGAAGUUCGAAUUGUAAAAAAGACUGUCUAGUUACAAAGAAUAGUGAAUCGGUUGACCAUCCACAUAAAGGAGCGCCAAACAUAUCUAGUAAUCACCAGUUUGAUUCAGGACCCAAACUGUGUAACGAAUUCGAUAGUUCCUUAUCUCCACAAACAGAGUCAACGAAGCUAUGCAAUGUUACUUCUAAUACCGGUUCAGAGGUACCCAUUCCUAACACUUUCAAUUUGUCGAGUGGUGCAUACUUUUGGCUAUAUAACUCCCAGUGCAAAGGUCCAAAGGCCUCUCCAUUAUUAAGCUUGACAAACACAAUGAUUUUGAAUAAUUCAGCUGAAGAUGAUCAAUCAAGUUUGACAGAAAAUUGCACUUCAAGUGUCUAUCAAGAUGAUUUCGUGUCUUCUAGUGCUUCUUCUCGUGUUAUUAAUCCAGUAAUACAUUAUCCUAUAUCCCCAUUAUCCUUGCCAGGAUAUCCAUUUGUCGUUUUUGAAGAUCCUGUUCAAAGAAGAUAUGAUUUAGUUCAUUGCUCGAAAUUGCGUCGAGGUGACGGUAAUGAUGUGACUCCAAAUUUAAUGCGUUUGCGUUCUAUGGGGGAAGAACUUGCUCAUUUGAAUAGAAAUAUCACAGCUCAAGGUGAGUUAAUCGCUACAGGUGCAAGUUCGGUGCUUGAUCAGCCAGAUAUGAAUUUGGAUUUUAAGGUGAUUCAGGAUCUUUCUGGGAGUAUCUUCAAUUCCAAAAUAGUUGAACAGGCAAAACGCGAAAAAAACAAGUUGGCUAGCAAAAUUUGUCGUCUUAAAAAGAAAGCGUUUCACGAAGCCAAUAAAAUUAAAUAUCUUGGAUUGGAGAUUGAGUACAGUAAGUUGAAUACUAACCUAAUUAAUAUUCUUUAUUUUAUAUUUCUUUCUUCUACUGAAUAAAAUUAAAUUCGGUCACAAUAAAAAUGUUGCUUUUUUAUCAUGUAAUAGAUACUGACAACCUUAACUGUUUAGAAAAUGGAUUUGCAGCUAUCGUCAGUAGGUAGAAAGAAAUUUACUGUAGACAAUCAUUUUUGAAGUUUUAUUGAUUUAAUAAUGCAAUUGUACUAAAUCAUGACUUUUAAAUUUCAUUUCAUUUUACUUUACUGUUGAUAAACAGGUUUGAAAUCACUGUACGAGAUGAUCAUCAAGUUAACAACAAAUCUUGGAUUUUUAGAAUACUGAAUUAAGAAUUAUAUUAACACAAAAUAAAAUAUAAAAAAACGAAAUUUAGACAACUUAAUAUUGGUAGAUGCAUUUUGUCAAAGAUUGAGAGCAAUUGAGGCAUUGUUGUAAAUCAAGAAACAUGGGACAAAUGUUUAAUUUGAAUAUAGAGUUUCUCAUCUGUGCUCACUUGUAACACAAAAAAAUUUGAGAUAAAACCUGUGUAACACUUUUACAAGACAGAACCAUGAAGGUUUAAAUACCUUCCUAAGUUGCAUAUCGUUGUUUAUGAACCACGACAGUGAAUGGAAAUUGUUUCCAAAAGAUCAGUUAGUAUAAGUGAAAAUAUACACACAUUCGAAUCUUUUAACUUAUAUAAUAAGCCUCUCAAAUAAUCAUGACAGAUGUUCAGAAAUCCACUGUUAAGCGUUGUUGAUAUAAUGUGCACUUUAACUAUAGCCACGACAGCAGUUGAACUGGUACUUAACCUUAAAACUACUAGUCGAUCCUUACUUUGAGAACUGUUUGUAAAUAUUCCCGUUUAGUAUUUGAGCAUAUAUUACUUAGGCGGUGAACAUGUUACAGAUAGUUGAUGGAUAAAAUGUAAUACUUAAUUAGUUAAUUUUUAAUUUACAACUGUUAUGUAGAAGAGAAUUUAAACAAUCAUAAUGUUUGGGCAUUUAUAAAUUGCACUAUAACAAUUCAUUUGUUGAUGGCAAAUUUAUUUUCGGAUUCAUUUGCUAACCUCACUUUAUGAUGAAAUGCAUAUGAGUUAUUUCAAAACAUAACACAGCUUGUUGAUGUUCUUGAUUUUAAGUUAUUUAAGCUACUUGAUGACUUACAGGCGAAGUGAUAGGAAAUAAAUAACUCAUCAAGCCACUGAAAAGUACAUUUGAAAUCAACUUCUAUCAUAACUUGGAAGACUCUCAUGGUUUACUUAAACCCAUUAUCGAUGCAUCAUAUAUACUGAGUAGUUUUGAAAUUUCAAUUGCAAGAUUCUAUUUUUAUUACAGUUGAGUAAAUAGCAAAUUAACAUCAAUACAUCCAUUGAGAAACAUUAUAAUGAUUAAUUAUACAUAGGAACUAAUGGCGAUUUCGGAUUACUGAUAUUUUGAUAUAUCUAAGAUAUAAACGCAGUAUUUAAAAAGAGAGAAUCUUUUCUUUAUAUUUUGAAGUGUAUACUAUAAUCGGAUCGACUGCUGAACUCAUUUACAAGAGUAUUUCUUAAUUCACUUGAAAAAAAAAUAAUUUUAUUGGUAAUUUGCACAUGAUUUUCUGUUAUUUUAUUUUGAUACCAUCACCACAAAUAUACUUUUACGUAGACCAAAAUGUUUACUGAUACGUACUGAUUAAGAACAAAUUCGUAGCUUUUUCCAUGAAAAAAUUGUUUUGCUCUAAGAUUAGAUAUAUUUCCUGUAAAUGUAACGAAGAUGAAUUAUAUAGUAAAGUUUGAACAAAAUUGUAAACAUGAAACUUUAAAGCAGUCAAAAUGACUAUAAUAAGUAAAACUAAUCAAGACUUUCAUGUUACAACUUUGUGUCUUAUAUGGAAUUAAUUGUUGAUUAUAUUUUAGCAUCAAAUUAAUUCACUAUUCAAAGUAUAUGUACUGAGACGAUAAAUAAUGUUCUAUUCAACAGUUUACAAGUAUUUUCUGUGACUAACAAUUCAAACAUCUUUCAAAAUAACAAUAAUAAAAUAAACGUUUUUGGAAACGGGAAAAGAUUGUGCUCUUUUCUAAUGUGAAUCAAAUAUAGCAC